UAAAGUAACUGAUCCAUUGGUCAGCAUCAACAGUCGUCCGACUAGCAGCCUAGUGACAAUAUCUCCAAGUUGUAAACUUCAAACUACAAAAUACCAAAAUGUUCCGCUUCAUCGCUGUGAUCUUCGCCCUGGUGGCAAUGGCUUUUGCUGCUCCUGGCUACAUCGAGCCCUCUUACGAAGUGGUUCCUGUGGCUCCUGUGGCUCACGUGGUUCCAGUGGCUCACGUGGUUCCCGUGGUCAAAUCCGUUCCGGUGGUGAAACAUGUGCCGGUGGUGCAGCACGUUCCAGUGGUGAAGCAUGUCCCAGUGGUUCAGCAUGUUCCUGUGCUGAAGUCCCUCGCAGUUCCCACCUACGGACACCACAUCUACCACGGUUAAAUUUUGGAAAAGAUCAGUCGAUAAAGUCCCGGAACGAAUAAAAUGCCUACGUUCGUAAAAUAAAU